UAAUCUGCUAAUCUGGAUGUUCUGUGUAUUGCAGUGAUUUUAUUUCUAGGGAGGGCUUCUUCAUGUUUUGGGAUGCUCCAUUGGACUGGGAGGGAAAGCAGUGUGUUCCCUUCUGGGUAGGCUGUGGUGGGCCUGGGCAGUCCCGCUGGUGCAAAGCUCAGUCAGCACAGGGAAGGACUGAGCCAGGCUGUGUGUGUGGCAACGCCAGCUUGGCCACACACAGGGAUCCCAAAGGCUCUGUCCCAUGGCAGGGCGUAGCUUCCAGCAGCCAGUCAUUACUCAGAGACCUUCAAUGACAACCUUGGCAGAAAACUUGCAAUAGUUCUGAGCUGCUGCAAGUCAGCUCCCAACUGAACUAAGAAGGAAGACCAGAGCAUACCCCAUAGGAGAAUACCCUUGCAAGACCAAAUCAGCUGCUGCCAUCAUGCUGAUGAUCAUGAAUAAUCUGGAUCCUUCUGUGGCUCAGUUUCCUCAGGAGCUUGUCACUUAUGGAGGAAAUGGGCAGGUCUUCAGCAACUGGGCACAGUUCUGGUUGGUAAUGCACUAUUUGUCAGAGAUGACAGAAGAGCAAACACUGGUGAUGUACAGUGGGCAUCCCCUGGGGCUCUUCCCCAGCCACCAGCGUGCUCCUCGCUUAGUCAUUACCAAUGGCAUGGUGAUUCCCAACUAUUCCUCCAGAGAUGAAUAUGAGAAGAUGUUUGCUUUGGGUGUAACAAUGUAUGGUCAGAUGACUGCAGGGAGCUACUGCUACAUUGGCCCUCAGGGAAUAGUCCAUGGGACCGUGCUCACAGUGCUCAAUGCAGGCCGUCGGUACCUGAAGGCAGAGGACCUGUCCGGGAAGGUGUUCGUCACUUCUGGCCUCGGGGGGAUGAGCGGGGCUCAGGCCAAGGCUGCAGUCAUUGCUGGCUGUGUGGGGAUCAUUGCAGAGGUUGAUGAAGCAGCACUUUUGAAACGUCACAAGCAGGGAUGGCUGAUGGAAAUCUCUAACAACCUGGACCAUUGCAUUGCUCGCCUCAGAGAAGCAAGAAAGAAUAAAAUUGCCCUCAGUUUGGGUUACCAUGGGAAUGUGGUAGAUCUGUGGGAGAGGCUGGUGCAUGAGCUGGACACAACAGGAGAGCUGCUGGUUGACCUGGGGUCCGACCAAACUUCCUGUCACAACCCAUUCAACGGGGGGUACUACCCAGUACAGCUCGGCUUUGAGGAGGGAAAGCAGCUCCUCUCCUCCAACCCAGGGAAGUUCCGGACACUGGUACAAGAGAGUCUGAAGAGGCAUGUGGCUGCUAUUAACAAACUAUCUGAUAAGGGCAUGUUUUUCUGGGAUUAUGGCAAUGCUUUUCUCUUGGAAGCUCAGAGAGCUGGUGCUGAUGUUGCAAAAAAAGGAGCAGACAAAACAGAAUUUCGAUAUCCUUCCUAUGUUCAGCACAUCAUGGGGGACAUUUUUUCCCUGGGAUUUGGGCCAUUCCGCUGGGUUUGUACCUCAGGUGACCCACAGGACCUUGCUACAACUGACUCUAUUGCCAUGUCAGUGCUGGAAGACUCUAUACGUCAGGGAGUGAGCACAUCUGUGAGGCAGCAGUACCAUGACAACAUCCGCUGGAUUCGGGAAGCCGGCAGGCACAGCUUGGUCGUUGGCUCUCAAGCCAGAAUCUUAUAUUCUGAUCAGAAGGGUCGUGUGUCUAUAGCUGUGGCUAUUAAUCGAGCCAUUUCUGAAGGAAAGAUUAAGGCUCCAGUAGUCCUCAGCAGAGAUCACCACGAUGUGAGUGGGACUGACAGCCCUUUCAGAGAAACGUCAAACAUUUACGAUGGAUCAGCCUUUUGUGCAGACAUGGCAGUGCAGAACUUCGUGGGAGACUCGUUCAGAGGAGCAACCUGGGUCGCGCUGCACAACGGGGGUGGAGUUGGCUGGGGUGAAGUGAUCAAUGGGGGAUUUGGCCUGGUUUUGGAUGGGACCAAGGAAGCUGAAGAACGAGCUAAGAUGAUGCUCAGCUGGGAUGUUUCCAAUGGAGUCGCCAGGCGCUGCUGGUCGGGAAAUGCCUUUGCUUAUGAAACCAUCUGCCAAGCAAUGAGGGAAAAUGGCAUGCUGAGGGUGACUCUCCCUCACAAGGUGGUGGAUGAGAACAUCUUGGAGCAAGCCGUGAAAUAUUAGCGGUACUCCAAGUGCAGUGUUGCUCUUGCAGAUAUAUUUGAAGUUGUUUCCUUGAUAUCCUGUUUUACUCUCUGGCCAAAUGAUAAAAGCCUUGCA